CUUUAGUGUGCCUCGUACUUCCGUCGCGGACGCAUCCCUCGUGCAAUCAUCGUCGUCUUUGCGUCCUCCUCUCUCCCUCACUCUGCUCCUUCUCUCUCUCUCUUUCUCUCUCUAUCUUCGCUUCACUUACUCACUUACUCUUUGUUACCCCCACUCCACAAUUCGCUUACUCUGUUUCUCUCUAGCUUUCUCCUCCCCCCCACUCUCUAACUCCCCCUCUCUCGUUCUCUAUCUUUCUCUUCUGUUUCUUUCUUACUUAUUCGCUCACUUACUCUUUCUCACGCAUCUACACGUACGCGGGUACAUUAUAUAACAUACACGCGGUCUGUCCUCUCUUGAUCCGUGUGCCUGCUUGUUGUGUUGUCUAUCUCCCUCGGGUUUAGGUUCGGGUUCGAGCGAAUCAAAAUAACGAAGCUGUAUGCGAUGAUGAUCGGCGGCAACGAAAUAUAAGAGAGAAAAGAAAUAUGUAUAUACGAGAGAGGAAAGGGUGGUGGUAAACUCGCUAAAACAUCGGAUCUUCUGGUGCUCGCAAUUAUAUCAGAAUAUAGUCGUACCGAUGCACGCGAGAUUCCUCGUCCCGCCUCUUUCCACACCGAUGCUGGAUACCAGUGAUUUAAAUUAUGUGUGAAUCGUCCGGUUUGUGGAUUUUUCGGUCUCGCCCUCGAAUUUCUUGUCUUUUGUUUUCGCCGAGAAAACAAUUCGAUUAACCUGUGUCUUUUUCGCCAACCUGUGUCAUUGGGCCUCCUACCACGCCUAACGGAAACCUCAAACGCGAAAAUAUGUAACACGAUGAACAUAGAGAAAGAACAAAAUCAAAAGUGUGUUGUAUGGUUAAGGAACCGAUGAAUUUUGUCCAAGUGGCUGACUGUUAUGUGUAAACACGGCGAACAAGUAAUCGUUCGUUGUAUUCCGCGAAACACCGACUGAAGUACCACCUUCGACUGUGAUAUAUCGUGACUGUGAAAUACCCGGUUGAAGAAUGCAACCUCAGGCGGGUUUCGAUCGAUGAAAAGUAGAAUUCUCUGCCAGCUAUUAUGUUCACGAGGUUCAAGAUGCCGGUGACUGGCGAUGGGGCUUUCAUUAACCGCGGUGCGCUCCCUGAGGAGGAUUCGUCGGUGUAACAGGAAAUGUGACAUGCUGUCGUUAACCAACUAUGAGCUCCAGAAAGCACGCAUCAGCGAAAAGGUCGUCAUAAGUAUUCAAAAUGAUUUCCCUCCGUUUGGCUGCACAUUGCGGCGUGUCUGACUAUGCUUGCUUGCACAUCCCAGGGCAUAUUGACAUCGAAGGUGGCAACGGCAGCCUGGAUACUGGUGACGCGCCAUCAACGAGACCGCUGAAGAGGGUAUGCAGUUGACGCAUCCCUCGGUCCCCUAAAUCCUCGAAUAAAUCGUCCAGAAGUUAAAGGAAUUGUCUCAUCAGCGCGCGUGCGUACGUGCGUGCGUGUGUGCGCCAGUUGUGUUCGCUGGUUGCAUGCGAAGAGAGCGGGGAAGAGCCUGUAAAGAGUACGGACUUCGAAGAGAGAUGUUCCGACCGGACACGUGACAUGUGAGCCGUAUAACGAGCAGAGAACAAAAAUAUUUCCAGACAUACGCAGGGAUAGAAACGAUAGAGCACGCGCAAGAGAGAGAGAGAGAGAGAGAGAGAGAGAAGGAGAACGGGAGGAAGAAAGGGGGAGGGAGAGGGAGGAAGCAGGACAAAAGGAGGAGGGAGAAGGAAAAUAGUAAAGGAAGUACUUUUUCGCUGGAAAAGAAGCCAACUCGAAGAGCAAAUGAGAAAACGAAGCCUGAAGGGUAUUGCUUCUACGAGAACCGAAAUACGUUUAAAACACGAGCACAAAAAGAGGAGGAGGAUGAGUUAAAAGCUCGAGAACGAGCCUGACAGGAAGGGACAGCCUCAAAAGAAUUCUAAACUGAUAAAACUAGCUGGUAAAAAAAAAAAAAAAAUAAGGAAAUUUUAUAUGUAAAAUAAAUUGCUUUAAGUAGGAGAACAAAGGAUUUAAAUUAAAAAUUAAGAUAAAAAAAAAAGCGCAAAAGAAGAAAAAGACAAGAUACGUUAUUAGAGAGAGAGAGAGAGAGAGAGAGAGAGCGAGAGAGAAAGAGAGAGAGAGAGGAAAGUAAUUUUAAGGAAAAAGAAAGUUACAAAAAUCGCAAAGAACACGCGACUUCUUUUAAUAGGAACAAUAAAUGAAAGCCGAAAAAAUUCGGCAAGAAAUAAAAAAGGGGCAAAUUUGUACUUAAAAAGUAGGAAUAUAACGUAAAAGAGAAACAUACAUAAACGAAGAGAGGAGAAUAGACGAAGAGGUUAAGAAGAAGAGGAGAUUUAUUUAAGAAAAUAAUUAUAAAAUAACAUAAAGGAUUCUCGAGAAUUACCAGAACGCACAAGAAGUAUUUUUCGGCAAUAGCGAAACUCUUCAGACAUGAAUGUGACUUCAGAGGUGGAAAUUUUUGGCAACGAGAGCUACAACGUGAGUAAUGGUCUCGAUUGCGGCGGUGAACUGCACUCGUACAGGAUAUGGGAACGCGUACUGAUCGUGAUAAUCGCCGUAUUCCUCAGUCUGACCACCGUCGUUGGUAACAUAAUGGUGAUGAUAUCGUUCAAGAUCGACAAACAGCUGCAGACGAUCUCAAAUUACUUCUUGUUCAGCCUAGCGGUAGCUGAUUUCGCGAUCGGUCUAAUAUCCAUGCCUCUCUUCACGCUUUACACCGUGCUCGGCUACUGGCCGUUGGGACCGCAUAUUUGCGACACGUGGCUGGCGUUGGAUUACUUGGCGAGUAACGCGUCGGUUUUGAACCUCCUUAUAAUCAGCUUCGACAGAUAUUUCUCUGUUACGAGGCCUCUUACGUAUCGCGCCAAGAGAACUACUUCGAGGGCAGCCAUUAUGAUCGCAUGUGCAUGGGGAAUUUCGCUGGUUCUAUGGCCACCGUGGAUUUACGCUUGGCCUUAUAUCGAAGGCCAACGAACGGUACCCAUAAACGCCUGCUACAUUCAAUUCAUCGAGACAAAUCAUUACAUUACAUUUGGUACCGCGAUUGCUGCAUUCUACAUGCCUGUCACUGUGAUGAUUAUUCUUUACUGGCGGAUAUGGAAGGAGACCAAGAAACGACAAAAAGAUCUUCCCUAUUUACAAGCUGGAAAACAAGAUGCUAGUAAAAGGAGUAAUUCUAGCGAUGAAGCGUUGGAUAUGGAGGACUGUAGAAGGCCUAGAAGCGAAUCAAGCACAGGAGCUGACGACAUGAAUGCGACACAUAUCGCGGUCUCUUAUCUAGAGAAACAUUAUCCUCAAUAUAAAACAAAACACAGACCAUUUUCAUGGAUGUGGCUGAAGAUGUGGUGUGUCGCGUGGUGGCAUAGUGGUCGCGAGGAUGACGAUGAAGAGGAGGACAUAGAAGGCGCUGAGAGCAGUCGCACAGGACACGGUUAUGACGAAGCCAUAACGCCGUUAUCAGCGGAAACCCCUCUUACUGGUACGGUCUCUCGAUCUGCCUCUCUAAGUGGGAUUCAUCCUACCACGUUAACCGUUGAGAAACCCAUCAGUACAGCUGAUAACCACGAUUACAAAAAAUCUAAGAGAACCGAUGAGCUGUCGACGAGAAGCAACUCUAACGAUUCUAUAUACACGAUUAUAAUCCGGCUUCCGAGAGCUAUCGACAGUACAGGGAAAUACACGGAGGCCGCAAGCAUAAAAAUGUACCACGAGGAGACGGUGAGCCCCUCGUUGAGCACUAGGAGACCGUCUCACAUGCCCGACAUAAGGAUUCCCCUGAAUACGAAAAACAUUCCGAAACCGUCGGGGGGCAAACCGGCUGCGAGCAAACCCGCGAACAAGAAGAAGAAAAAGAUACAAGAGAAGAAGGCCGAUCGAAAGGCCGCGAAAACAUUGUCGGCCAUCUUGCUGGCGUUCAUCAUCACCUGGACACCGUACAAUAUUCUCGUUCUAAUUAAAUCCAUCACAGCCUGCUCCUGGUACAUACCACAGGAGCUAUGGGACUUUUUCUAUUACCUUUGUUAUAUCAACAGUACUGUGAACCCAAUGUGUUACGCCUUGUGCAACGCGGCAUUUCGACGAACAUAUGUGAGGAUUCUCAAGUGCAAGUGGCAUAAUAGGAACAGAGCCGCGAUGGACAGAGGAUGAUAUCAGUAGAAACGCCCAGCGUGCGACGUUUGCACGCUCGAGGGCGUACUAUUUUCUCUAUCGUUUUCUCUCUUCUCCUUUUUAAUCAUUCCUCCGAACGUGCUUGCCGAUGAUAAGGAAACUGAGUUGCUUACGAAUUUUAUGGUAACCUGCUGUCAGUAGGCUACUAAACGUGCCGAAUAUUUUUAUUAUACAGUACGUAUUUCACUUUUGCUAAUCGAAAGGACGAUCAACAAAUGAUAUUAUUUGUUACAACUGUUAUAUUUUGUUAAGAAAUCUCUUUCCAAUCUUUUUAAUUAUACGAGUAGCAAAUCGCUUUUUAAUUCUGUUUUUUAUAGGCAAGUAACAAGGUUCAUAAAGGGACAACGUUUCUCGAGAUAAGCAAACUAUCGAAGAAGAUAAACUGGUUCGUAAAAUAACGUUUGUACAAACUGAAAGACAGUCUAAGCAAGUUAAAAAAAUUCCACUCGGAGAUUUUGUUUCAUAAUUUAGGUGUUAGAUUAGGGGAAACACAGGGUGUUUACAACUCGAUUUGAUAAAUUUAAUAAGACACAUUUUGUAUACAGUAUUUUACAUGUAUAAUACCACUAACUUUGGUUUCUCAAUUGACAAUUAUGUUUCAUACAUUUCAGAUAAAGAUGAUUGACAUAGAAAUUUGUAUAUUUAAAAGAAAAGAGAAUAUGUAAUUUUCAAUCAUAAUAUAUCAUUAAAAUGGUAAUAAUUAGCAAGAGAUCGAAAUAAUUUAUUAGUGAGAGAGGGGGAAAGAUGUUUUUUAUUUUAGAUUGUCGGAAAUCGGAAGAAUCUUAAAUGUUCGCGGUUAGACAGCUCAGAUUUCCGCAUUUGAGGCAAUGCAACGUGAAUACUGCCAUAAAAAAUAAUCUUUAUAAAUAUAUUUCUGAACCGUACAAAGGAAAAACAAAAAAGGGUUAGAUAACCGGCACGUACGCGACAGUGCCAAAUUUGUGGCUCGAUUUCAGCGGCGAUAGAGCCGAUGACUUGCCGCGAAUCGAGUUCUUUUCUAUAGUUUGUGAAACAAAAUCAGUUUCCAUAAACAAACGUUACAAAUUGAAUCAAUGUUUGUGAGAAUACUUCAUUUACAGGUGGAUAGAUUCAACAAAAAAUUAUCAUUGAGUGAACCUAACCUCAAAAUAUUAAUUUAUUGUUAAUAGUUUUUCUAAAUUUAUUAAAAGACUGUUUAAUACUUUAGUUUUGAAAUUUUUUAUAGAAAUGAAAAUGUUUGUUUAAUGAAAAGUAACGUUUAAGAAGCUGACAAAAUUUCAUAAACCUCCUACACACACACACAAAGCUAUACCGCACAAAAAAACGAAAUCUAUUCGAAUCCUAAGGAAGAAAAGUUAAUAAACAGGCAUUUUCUCGUGCGUUUUAUUCGAGGAACACAUAACGCACUCGAUGUACAUUUUAAAUAGUAGUCCAGUUGUAAAUGAGUGUUUUAAGUGUAAUUAGUCAUGGAAAACCAAAACAAGCGCUAUUAUACAUAGAGAGUGUGUCACAACUAUAAUGGCAACAAAGUGGUAUAAAAAAAAUAUAAGAAGCGCUGCAUCGAUUCUUUCGUGUUAAGAAAAAAACGUUCUAACACUUUCGUAUUAAAUAACAUUCUAAUCACACGUGCCAAACGAAGCUUUAAGAUAUCAAUAGUAUAGGCCGGUAAUUUAAUAAAUGUAUCCUUUCAAAGGUAUACUUGUACUAAAUAUAUAAAUAAGGACUUAAGGAUUUGCUAUCAUUUUUUUAUUACGAACAUUUACUACAAAAAUUUUUAUUAUGUAUUUUUUUCUACGAAAGAACAUUACGUGAUUUUUUGUCAGUUGCAUACAGUACUUCUCGGAUAAAUGGGUACGAUAAGUUUCCUCUAUGGUUUUAAAUCAUAGUGACAUCACUAGUUACCUGAAUAACUGAAAUACUACUGAUAGUACUACUCUAAUUGUAAUAUGUAAUAUGCACAAUGAAAUUGAGAAAUUUUCUGUAUGAUGUAACUGUAUAAUGACAUUGAGAGAAUUCAAUACUUGCAUAUUUUUCACUAAUUAUGCAAAUGAAUUCAGAAAGCAGAAAUUUUAGACGCGUAUCUUUUUUGUAUAUUAUUAAAAAUAAAGCUAUAAGCAAUUAAAAAUAUAAAAAACCGGACGUUUUCGACCACGUAUCGAAUAUAUUCUAAAUAUGAAAUCACAAGUCUGUGACAGCGCUACACAUGUUUUUAAUUCGCUAUUUGCUAUAUGUAUAAUUCCGAUACCAGCGUGUACAUGCAAGAGCACAUAUACGACUGUGCAUCGAAAAGACAGAAUCGUGACAUCACAAACAUGACAGCUAAGAUGGCUAGUGUUUAUACAGCAUUUAAAUACGAGCGAAGUUUUAAUUUAAUCAUUUUGAUUAAUAAGUAAAUAUGCGUAACGGAAAUAUAAACUAACUGUUUCUAGUAAACCAAAUUUUUAUUUUCAAUAAUCUUUUUAACAAAGAUACAUUCAGCAACCGAAUAGUGACAAAGUGGAGUUGAGCUUGGCUUCUGAGAAGCUCAUAUAUUGUAUACAUAUAAAUGAAGUAUAAGUGGCGGGAAAAAUGAAAAAUUUAUGUUCACAUAGUAACGAGUAUAUCACUCCUCUGAAAUUAUUUAAUUUGAUACGAUAUGAUAGGAAAUGGUGGAAAUAAGACACAGAACUUUUACUAAGGAAAAUGUGGACAUUUAUCCGGGAACUAUUGUAACUUUGUCAUUCUACAUGAAAUUUGAUAAAAAAAAAAAGAGUAACAUCUUAUUCGUUUUACAGAAGUUUUCGUGAUAGAUCGGCUUUUCGAAUAAUCUACAUCUUGUGAAAUAAAUUUAUAAUUUCUAGUCCGAUACAGUAAAAUUAUUUUCAAUGUUUUUCUUAAAUGUGUAAUAAAUAAAUCAAAUUUUCAAAACUAAAUUAAUAUGGUUGCAGCAAUUCAACAAUAAACUAUUUACAUUAUUGAUGUAAUACUAAUAAUAAUGUUGGAUGUUUGAAUAUAGUUAUUAUAAAAGUUCAUUAUUUAUGUAAUCCUGAAUUAUUAUUGAAUUCUGCUUAGGAACAUAAGUACAAAAUAAUUCGUUUUUAAUGGCUCUUUGUCGAGAUAUUCUGUGAUUUUUAUUGCGUUACCUUUUUAUACAUAUUUUAUAUUAAUAUUUAUUUAUAUGUAUGUAUAUGUAUAUACAAAUUUUCGCUGUUUUAGCAAAUAAUUCCUUUUUUGUAAAAUAUUGUUAUGUUAAUUUAUUCAUCAUACUUAACAUUUUUGUGUGUAUCCAUUUAAAAUAGAAUUUUAAUAAUCAUCAUUCAUUUCUAUGUGGUUACUUUUUACAACUAAUUACUUUACACUGUUGUAACAACAUAAUAAAAUAUAAUUCAUUUGAAUGUGAAAUAUUACUAACAAUAUAGGAUGUUUCAAAACUACAAGUUAAUCAAGCAGAGAAUUUAAUCGAGAAAAAGGAAGAUGAAAGAAGUACGUUUCACUUAAUGAUCUAUGUUCAAUUUUAUUUCAUUGUUUGGUAAAGAAAAUUUAUGUGUGCAAAUUUCUGGAGCCUAUCGAUGAGCAACCAGUAUUACAUAAGACCUUUUUUCAUCUCUAUGAAAUUAUAUUUCAAUAAACUUCUAACUGCAAUAAAAUUCAAUACAAUUCUUAUCAACAAUCUAAAAAUUGUGUAUAAAAUUAUUAACCUUGUAAAAUUUAAAAAACUGACAUGAACUGACUGAAUUUGACUGAAUAUUGUCAAAUUACUAAAAAGAAGUUUGUAACUUGUAAUUUGUUAAUUCAUUCACAAUAUUAAUUAACAAAUUAUUGUGUGAAGAAGUUCGUGUUAUAUACAAUUUAUUAUUUCAAAAUUUUGUUGAAGCUUUAUAGAAACGAUUGCCGUAUGGCGGGUUGCUCAUCGAUAGGCGCUCGAAACUUUAGAUUGUACUAUGUAUCACAUUAUUAGGUGCAUGUGUCCGGUUGCGGGGGUUUUCCAGGGAGUGAAUCUUUUGAAUCUUGCGGUUCAAAGGUUGAAUCUCUUUUUGAAGGGCUAAAUCCUUAAAAAAUUACUUUUUUAAAUAUUCAUAUUUUUCUUUAAAUUCUCCCUUGUUCAAAUCUCACUUAACAUAUUCACUUUUCAUUUUUUUAACUAAUUCUUCCACAACAAAUUUUAAAACCAAAUUUUGUUUCCAGGAAGCACUCACACCAUCGUGUAAAAUAUUCCCCCUCAAAAUUACUGAAAAUUAUUGAGUUAAUACACAAAAAAUUACUCGGGCUUCGGUUAAGAGGGGGUGAUUGGGGAUAGGGGUCUCCACAAUAUUUUUUCUGCAGUAUCGAAGAAUAUACAUGCUAAAUUUGGUGAAAAUAGUAUAAUAGAGUAUAGAACUCUUUAGAUAGAAGAAGAUACAUACGUACAUACAUAUUUUGACUUUUAUAUAUAUAGAUAAUAAAGCAAUAUUGAACAUAUAUUCAUUAAUUACUGCUUGUAUCUUUAAAAUCUCUAAUUUUGAAACAACCUGUAUAAAAUCUAAUUAUAAAAUUCAUACCCAUAAAAGGUAUUAUUAUAAUAGCUAAAUACCAUUCUUAUUUCAUCUUAUAAAUAUUGAUACAUUUUGGAACGAUCUUCUCAAUAUUAAAAGUGAGAUUUUUUCUUGCCUAUCCAAACAGUAAACCAAAGGACUUAUAUAUUAAAGUCGAUUAAUUAAAUCUUGUUAGUACUGCGUCAAUAUUAUUUUUAUUCGACGAGAACUAACAAAAUUUAAUAAAUCCUUAUAAUAAGAGAUCUAACGAAUUCUAACAAGAUCUCACUUUAAUCUUAAUUCUAGAUUUUGCAAUGAUUUUUUUAAAUUAAUAUUUCAUAAACAAUUAUCAUUUUCUACAUUGAAAAUUACUAUAAACCUGAUUAUUUAAAAAUUAGUAAGGAAAGCCGAUUCUGUUUACAUCAAUAUUAAGCUAUAAAUUAUAAUCCCACUGCUAUUAAAUUAUUAAAUGAUUUUCAGUUUCUGAGAUCGAUAUACCUAUGAAUAUUCAAACGAUAAAAUAGACCGAAACAAAUCGAAAGUAUACAUUUAUUAAUUAAGCAGAUGGUCAACUUGACAGCAGUCGCGUUCGGUUUAAGGAGCGUAUCGUUAAUUAUUCUAGAAUUAUCCCUCGAAGAACGGCAUUUUCUAAAGAUGAAUGAUUCAUAUUCAGUCGACGUUCACCUUAUUUGUCUCGUACUUGUUACUUCUUAGGACCUGUAAAUUUGUAAAUACGUGUAUGCGGAAAAACUAUUCGAUGUUCGACGUUAAAAAAACGAUCAUCUUUCUAAGAUGCAAGGAAGUGGAAAUUAUUUUUUACGAUGCGAACGACCUCACCAGUUUCAACGAUCUUGUAACGUAUUGUCAAGGCCAACAUUCUGAACAACUUUUUCCUGUACACGUUACCGUCGCUCGGCUUUAAUUACUGAGAUAUCCACAAAAAAGCUUCAGUUCAGUUAUAUCACGAUUGCACUCCAUUCUGGCAUAUACAGAUAAUCAUUUUCAACUCACGUAGGAAAGAAAAAUAAUUAGGUUAGGUUUAGGAUAGAUAAUUUACCAUAAUGUUACUAUUAAAUAAGUUAAGAUAUUAAAUAAUAGGGCAGAUACAAUUUAUAUAUUAAGCUUUAUAUUAUAUUGUCGUUAUUCGAGAUUGUAAACACUUGGGCUAUGAUAUUGAAAAAAUGCCAUGAUAUUGACUGUUCGAUUACUAAAAUCAUACUGUGGUUAAAGCGGAAACUUGCCAAUAUCUCGGAAAUCAAAGUCGAAAGAUGGUAACAUGUAUAGGGAAAAGCUGUUCAGAAUGUUAACCUUGAUAACAUGUUUUAAGCUCAUUGAAAUCGGUAAGGUCCUUCGCUUUGUAAAUAAUUACCAGACAGUUAAGGAGGGAUGAAAUAUAUGUUACGUGUACAGAAUGUUUCCCAAUAAGAUACGUUCCGUGAUGCGACUGUUGCGCAGUUUACCUAAUUUAUUUAAAUGGGCGAAACGACGUCGGUUCAAAAACAGAAUUCCUGCAGAGAGGAUUACUGCGCAAAAUGGUGCUAUUUAUAUUGAAAAUUAAUUAGCUAGAAAUAUCGCCUUAUAUUGACAAAAUGUCGUUUAGAAUUAUUUUUUGUACAUACAUAUACUAUGUAUAGAAUGAUGUGCUGACCGCUCAAGGAUUUUUGAGAAAAAUUGAGAAUCUGCAAUUUCAACAAAUUACAAUUGGUCCUGAAUAGGUGAUAACGAUAAGAAAAAUAUUACAUCAAUUGAUUCAUAAACAUCCAAAAUUGCAUUAAUCCAAAGUCACACUACUAUUUAAAUUUGUUUACUUUUUUAAUAUUUAAUUUGUUCACUUUUUUAUUUUGUAUUUAUUUUAAUUUGAAUUAAUUAUCUUUCUAUUAUUAUAUAUCCUCAAUUGUUUCUUUAGCAUAAAAUCAUUCCAAGUCGGAAGGUUUCGUAGAAUGAUAGAAGGCACGAAUGGAAAAAUUUUUCGAAUAUGUAAAAAAAUCGUGAACGAGGAAGAAACGAUAAGGUUACAAACACGCACCAUAAUUUUGCGUAGUAGCCUCGUGCAAGUACUUAGUCUCCUUGUGAAGCUAAAAAAAAAAAAGAAAGAAAAAGAAAAUGACUUUGCCAAGUAAGAAAACUUACGUACAUAAAACAUGGUUAUUAAUUUACAUUCAUAUAUACAUAUACGUAUACAUAAUAUACAUAUAUAUAAUAUACGACGGAAGAGAUGUACCAUACGGUGUGCCAAUUUUUUAAUUUUACAUCAGUUCGAGUAUCAAACGAAAAUGUAUAUUUGUACAUCUUCUUUAGAGAGGUGAGUGGAGCGGUGUCCAAACUCCACAUUGUUUUACGCAUUGUCUAUUGCACAUCGACUUCGGAUUUGAACAUAAUGGAUUUUUCACAUCGGUCUCAUACAUAAGUUCUCAAUCAAAAUCGAUUAAGCGAUAUCGAAGAAAUCGAGAUCUUCGAAAAAAAUCAAAUUUGACCUGAGAAUUCAUUCAAUUAUCGUGAAUACGAAUCGUUAUAAUAAUAAUCAUUAAAAAAAAGUAUUGCAUUAAACUGCGGACGUGUUCAAUUUUUCACAGUUACGAACGAUUCGCAAGGAACCUCUUUAAUUCAGGUUAAUCGUUUUACUGUUACAUUUUAUUGAAUGUAAUGCAUAACCUAUCGAGCACCUUUUCUGUAGUCAUAUGUAUUAUGUAGAGUGAUAGAAAAUUUGCAUUUUCAUUCCAUGGGUAAUUAAUCAUAUUCCAUAUACAGAUCGGCGAUAAAAUUCCGGAAAAUAUUUUCUUACACUUCCACUGAACACAAUUUUCCUAUUUCUUCGAUAUAUAUAGGUUUCGUAACGAACUCGAAUCGUUUUUACUAUCGCUCAAGGAUACGCGAAUGAUGAUCGUCGAUUCUUUCAAAUUGUCGUAUCAUUGUACGAGCUAUAAUUUUGCCCACAUGUCUAGACACAGAGAAACAUGUAAAACACUGCAAAGAAAAAAACUUGUACGUAGUUGAGCACAGAGUAAAAUGAGAAAAAAAGAAAAAAAGAAUUGUGUCAAAUCGUUUCAAGAUGAUGAUGUCUUUGCAUAACCGUAUAUCGAAAUAACGAAAAAUGGUGUACGACCUUUUUUAACCAUACAUUACCUGUAAACACCAAUAUACUCGAUCUAUGUUUAUAUACGUGUUUUAUAUUAACAAAGAAUACAUAAGGCGACAAACAAAAAAACGUUACGUAAGUGAAAAAAAAGACGUAUAGAGAAAACUGUAUGUAAUGAUACCAGUAGGAUCUGGAUAAAAUAUACCAUACUAUCUAUAAGAAACGAGCGUUUUAUUUCUACGAAUGAUUCAAUAUUUAAUCUUUGUUUUUUUUUUGUUUUUACACAAUUACAGGUUUUAAAAAAACUUUUAGAUUAGGAAUAUGGGUUGCAGGGUUUACUAACAAUAUGUUGACAGUGCUUUCAUUAAUGAUGUGUGGUGGCACUAUUCAUAAAAGACAUUAGGAAAUGAAGAAGAAAAUAUGUUUAAUUUAGUUUUUAUUUGAAUUUUUAAAUGUAUAUUUAUAUUAUGUAUGUAUAAUUUGUUUAGUUAAGGGGGUAUUCUAGCCUAGACUAAUAUUUAUAUGUUUAUUUAUGCCGUUUUACAGAAGUGCACAGUAGGACUAAAAAAGUAACAGACUGUUAGACAAAAUCUGAUAUAGCCUAGGAACAUUACAUAUAUUUACAGUACAAUAAUUUCAUAAAAAAUUAUUACUGCUAUUUUAUAAACUACCUUAUAUAUUUUACACAUCUUUUUGAAUUAGUUUUUCAUGACUAGUUAUGUAACAUUAUAAUCUUCAAAAUCUCCACAUUAAUUAUAUAUUAUAUAUACUCGUUAUAUACACUCCUCGUCAAAAAGAUAACCCAGGUGUGUUAUCUUGAAUUUCUCAAUGAUGCGUGUAAAGCUUUUCGUCUGUAACGUAUAAUAUCAAAACAUUAUGAGCUCAGAAUAUGCGGUUCGUUGAAAAUAAUUAAAAAUAUUAUGAGGUUUAGUGUGUAACAAAGAAAAACUUUUCCAUACUAAGGUCGAAAUGAUAACACACUUUGUUAAUAUGUUUAGAAAUUGCUUAGUAGUUCAUGAUCUAUCAACGAGUAAAGAUUACAGUACAAUAUUAUAUAAAUUUCUAAGUAUGUAGAACGCAGAAAAAAAUUAAACGAGUCUGAAAAAAAAAACAAAUUCUUGAACUAAAACAGCAACAGUUAUCAGUAACAAAAAUAUCGAAAGUAAUAAGAUGAAGUCGUAGAGUAAUACACAAUUUCUUAAAAAAAUGUUGAAGAUUAUGGCAAAAAG